AUGGGCCGCGAACUCCAGAAAAAGAAGCGCCGAUCGAACCGCCAGCCGGUAAAGCAAUCCAACAAGACCAAGAGAAUCCUCAACCCCCGCGGCAACAACGUCAUCGCCAAAAACUGGUGCCGUUUCCCCCCUUUCCUCGACGGCGCCCGCGCCAUCACUCAGAACUACCGCCGCCUCGGACUCGUCGCGCGGCUCAAAGCCCCCGCCGGCGGUGUGGAAAAGAAACUGAGCGCCGCUACGGUGGGGAUAUCGAAAGACGACCCGUUCGCAAUAACGUCUGUGGGCAAGGCUAUUGUCUCGGAGGCAAAGGUGGAGAGGGAUGCGGAUGGCAAAAUUGUUCGGGUCUUGGGGACGACGAGGUCGAAUCCCUUGAAUGAUCCGCUGAACGGUCUUGACUCCGGUUCGGAAGACGAGAAUGAGGAUGAGUGGGGUGGCCUUGCGGAGAGGGAGGCCGAGGAGGAGGGCACGACGGAUGUGGUGAGGAGUCUGAUUGAGGAGUCGCAUAAUCCGGCGCCCAAGGUGGCGAGAUACCAGAGCGAAGGGGAGAGGGAGUGGUUGGGGAAACUGGUUGAACGGUAUGGGGAUGACUAUGCGGCCAUGGCGACGGAUAUGAGGCUGAAUCCGAUGCAGCAGACAGCUAGGGAUAUCGGGCGGAGGAUCAAGAAGAUGCGGGGUGAAUGA